AGUUGUCAAACAAUCGUCGCUAAUCAUGGACGGAGUGGUAAUGAAAAUUAUUCAACAAAUGCAAUUUUAUUUGAUUUCGUUUUUUUUUCUCUCUUCGAGCAAAUCGUAUAUUGAAUUCUGUCCGUAUAUUUGCUUAUUUAAACAGUUUUAUCCAUACGAAUAGAUGCAUGUGCUUCAUUCUUAUUGAAUUGAAUGAAAAAAGUAAUACUUCAUGUUGAAACUUUUCAAACAAAAAAACGAAAGGCUGCAGCGACGGCGGCGGCUGUUGUACUGCUCCUGUACUUUGGCUACGGACCAUUUCAUGAAAUCGCUAUGACUUCUCAACGAUACGAUUAAUAAUACGAUAUUACAUUAAUCCCUGUUCAGUUUGUUGUUAUCGGCGCUGUUUUCUAUAAGCCCUCAAGUCCAUUUUGUACGCUGUGUGUGUGUGUUUUCAAUUCGAUUCCAUUAUUUUCAACCUCGUAAAUGAAUUGCUAUUAACAAUGGUUUCAGUGCAUAUGCUAGAUGUGAAUCGCGGGCGCGCGCACUCCUCUCAAUUUAAAAGAGCCAGUGAGCGAGCAAGCGAGCGAGCGAGUUUGUGUGUGUGUCGACUUGGAGCAUGCGCGCAUUUGCAAUCAAUUGCAAGUUGGUUGUUUGCAUGGUGCAACAUUCGUAUGUUACUUUAUGAUUGGCCAUUUCUUUUGGCAUGGCUCUAGUUCAAAUUUACCACGCUUUCGCUGCUAUUAUUAAUGUUAGUUGGUCGUGUGGAUGGAGAAAUAAAUGCACAUUAAAAAUUGUGCCUACGCCAAGCCAAAGAACUAUAACAACAAAUACAGCACAGCCACAGCACACCACGCAGUGCAGUGCAGCGCAUUCAAUAAUCUCGGGCAUUCAUUUGCGUUUUGCCAAAGCCGAGGCUCAGCUCUGAUCACGUUGGCCGCCGUCGACACAUCGCCCGAGUGAAAUGAACUGAAACAGGCAUUUGAAUCAGCAAAUAAUUACGGAGCAAUAAGAACAAUGAGCCAAGAGGCCCGCGUGCGCGCGCAAAACAGCCAAAGAAGUGUGCUCGCGCGAGCACACUCACCACACGAAACGAAAGAAGACAGAACGAAUUGAAGAGAGAAGAAAAAAAUCAGUACGAAAAGAAAAUAAAAUAAUCGGCGAGGCGAAACCAAAUAAUAUUCCUUGCGGUUUAUUUUCAUAAUUUUUUUUGUCUUUUCUCUCAUUUCUGUGUGUUACUCUCUUUGGUCUUGUUCUUUCGUCAUUUUUGUUUCCAUACAAUUUCAUCCCAUUGUGUUUGGUAACAUACAAAACAGCCCAAUGCUUCGCAUUCAACGUCUUUCGUUGCCAACAGGCAGUGAAUUUUUCGCCGGGGACAAAGAAAGAUUCGAAUAAUAUAAAUAUGGAACGGAUUACGAUAAAAUAUGAACCGUUUCAUACAGUAAGUGCGCAAAACUGACUGUGUGUGUGUGUAUUUGUAUGUGUACGGCGAGCUGGUGAUCGAGAAACGCACCGAAUCAACGAAAUAAGUAUGACUAAGUGCUGCAGUGCACAUUUGAAAGCGGUGCACAUGCACAUACACAAAAUCCAAUCGCCGCAAAACAACUAUCAAAUUAUUAUUAUUUACAUUUUUUUUUCUUCUUCUUAGUUCUUUACUUCUCUUGUCGGAGGUUUUGGAAGUGCGGCAAUUGCAUUGCAAUGCAUAGCCUCAAUGCUUUGGCGUUGGCAUCUCGCCCGUGUUCUUGUCUUCAUUUUCUGGUGCUGUCGUUUUAGCGUUUGUUUUGAUUUUUUAUUCUCAUUUCAUGUCGUUCUCGGUGAGUGGUGUUUGUUUCUCUUUCUCUUCUGGCUGUUGUUGCUAUUUUUUUUCCUUUUUCGUUUCUAAUACUUGAGAUUCGGUUUGAUCUCGUUGAACAAUAUUUAUAUGCUGCGUUCAGCUGCUACCUUUGCGAAUAGUUCUGGUGCUUGAUUUGCGUUGCGUUUGUUGUUACGUGAUUCCUUUCUCCUUCACAUCUUCUUGCUAUCCACACAACAUCAGCUUCUUCAUGGUUGGACUCUUUCUUUUCGCGUGUCGCUACUCUGCCGUUCCUCUCAGAUGAUUCCCGGUUGUGUUUGUUGUUUUUUUCUCUCAAACGCAACGAUCCCCUUGGCUCUGAAAUUGUGUACUAACCGGCAGCAAGGCACAUUGCGCUCUCCGCGAAUAUCAACGAAAGAGCACGAGCGCACAAACUAAACCAUUCAGAACAUGAUCGCGCAACACAUUGUCCAUGCACUUAGCUCGAUGAGGGCGAAUAAGGGAUAGAACAAGAGUGAGUGAGUUGGUAAGCGUACGAACGGGCGCGCGACCGACCGUGUCUGUUUACAAUAUAACACUAGUGAAAAGGAGACACACCAAACGAACGGUGGAGAGAGAAUGAAUGAACUCAAGACAGAGAGUGGGAGCGAGAGAGCGCACGACGACGACUACGACGGCGAGGAGAAGUAAGAACGACAGCGAAUCGAAGAGAAUUGAGAAGCAUUGCUGAACACUUAAUAUACGGCACUGCUUAAUCCAAAACAUUGGCUCAAAUCACUUGUGGUAAAACAGUUGGUUUGAAUUGAUACAGCGUUCAGUUUAACUUUAGUCUUUCGGUCGCUGGCACACCGUACACACGCACCUCCUGCACUCGAUUUUUAUUCGAUUUUGUGGUUCUGAGCGCCGAUUUCUUACGAUAACCGCGAUUUGUUUUCUACAACGUAUCAAUUGAAUCGAAUUAUUAAAGUCAAUGUUUCUUUGACUUGAAGAAUGUUGUGGUUAAAUGAGUGAAGCUAUAUACAACGGACAAGUGAUUUGAUUAAAUUCUUCGGAACCGGCGCUAGUUGAACAUUUUCUCAGUGAUUAGAAGUGACAUUACUUAUUUUUGAGAGGAAAUUUUUGGUGUUAUUUAACGGUGGCAAAAAAAAGAAGAUAAAGUGAUAAACUUGCCGAAUGUCCGAUAAACAAUCAUGGUUCAAUGGUUAGCAAUUAAGUGGUGUUGUGUUGUCAGUGGAUCACAUGAAGUGCUUACACAAGGAUGUGAUUAGAGCUAGUGCUGUCGGUGUAUUUAAAAUAUUGCGACGAAUUAAACGACUUUUGCAAAUGAUGGCAGUGAUAAUGAUAGUUGCGUUCAUGACUUCGGUCUUAUAUCAGAAUGUGAACGGUUUGAGGGAUUUAGAGUCUUAUCACUUACCACUGACGGAGCCAUCAAAAAUAACGGCCAAUCCAAUUGAUGUGGGCCAUAAAAUGCGUGCAAUCAACGAAGUGGUCGAUAUAAUAUCGAGCCCAUCAUGGUCAACCGUAAACGCAGCAGUGACCAAAAACAAUGAACAUCAACACAAAGAUAUUGUCACCGAUUACCUCUUAAAACAGCGACACAUCCACGAAUUUAGUGUUACAGGUACACCAAAACCAGCCACAACCAAUCUCAACGACAUAUUCAUCACGGUGAAAACAACUAAAUUAUACCAUGACACAAGAUUAGCGCUUAUAAUCAAAACGUGGUUUCAAUUAGCUAAAGAUCAAACAUGGUUUUUCACCGACACCAACAACCAGUUCUUUCAACACAAAACCAGCGGUCAUUUAAUCAACACAAACUGCUCCAUGGGACAUCUACGAAAGGCAUUGUGCUGUAAAAUGUCCGUUGAAUUCGACACCUUUCUCGAAAGCGGAAAAAAAUGGUUCUGUCAUUUUGAUGACGACAACUAUGUGAACAUACCAAAAUUAGUUGAACUUCUCAGCAACUACAGUCCAACGAUGGAUUGGUAUUUGGGAAAGCCGAGCAUCGCUUCACCGCUCGAAAUUUAUGUAGAUAAUAACGAUGAAAAGCAGCCGCACAAGAAAAUUUCAUUUGUGUUUGCAACAGGUGGCGCCGGUUUUUGCAUCAGCCGAGCGUUGGCAUUGAAAAUGCUACCGAUCGCUGGUUUCGGUAAAUUCAUGUCGAUCGGUGAUCGCAUUGGAUUGCCCGACGAUGUAACGAUGGGCUACAUCAUCGAACACCUACUGAAAGUGCCAUUGACUGUGAUCGAAACGUUUCAUUCGCAUUUGGAACCCAUGGACAUUUUGCCAAAAGAAACAUUCAAAGAACAGGUCACAUUCAGUUAUGGCCACAUCAAAAACAACACCAACGUUGUGCUCAUCGAUGGAUUCGAUGACAAAAUCGAUCCAACACGAUUCUUGAGUCUUCAUUGCCAUCUGUAUCCAAAUCUUGCCAAUGGUCAACUCUGUUCACCGCAAGCGCUACAAAUGAACUGAACACCCAAUGUCUGCUGCUCUGCAACCGCUCGAGUGAAAAUGAUUGAAAUCAGGAAAUUUUUUUAUGUUUUUUUACUAGUAAACAAAUGAUUACUUCAUCGAUAAGUAAGUGUAUAUAAAAUAUAGCAUGGAAUUAGAUCAAUUCCAUACGAAAGGAAAAAAAUGCACGAACAAAGUCUUGUUAUACUUCAGGUUUGAUACCUCAGAAAAUACCAAACCGUACGAAAUGAACAGAAUUACAAGGCUCUUGACCAACCACCUACACCAAUUAUCACGUAGGAUAUAACUGUCGAACAAUUGCUUAUCCAAAAUUGAUUCGAACAUUAUUGCAUGGCAUUCCCAGCGCCUAUAAAAGUGCUAGCAACAAUUUAAAUUUUGAAAAUUGCCCAAGAAAAAAAAACGGCCCAACUUUUUCUUUGAAUGGUUGAAUAAAACGAAAAAUUACGAUAAUUUCAUAUUUACCAAAUUUGCUGCAUUUUUAUCGACUGGGACGGCUUUAUUCGUGUUCCAUAUUAAGACGAAUAAGCGAAUUUAUUGUAUAUACCUGAUACAACUAAACAUAUUGUUAGCUGUGAUAAUAAACAGAUUGAUACUUGUUGAAGUAUUGAAAAUAUCUUAGCGUAAAAGAUUUUGUUGAACAAAAAAACACAUUCGAAAUUCAAGAGCUACAGUUUUGAAUUUUGCAUUUAAUGGAAUUAAAUUGCCUCAUUCGGCCGAUUUUUUUUUCAAUGUUAUGAAACACAAAUUUUAAUCGAACCCAAAAAUAGAAGCAUUUUAUUUCAAGAAAAUGAGCCAUUUAAUUUAGUUGCUUUUGGACCACAGCUGCAGAAUUCAACACCAUUUGCGUUUUGUCGCUUUGUCUUCUCUUUUUCGAUGAGAUUCUCCCAUCAUACACUUGUAUGGGACACUAACAACGUCUUCUCUCGGAACCGAAAGCGAAAUGUUGAAAAGUUGACAGAAUUACAAUUUUCAAAACAAAAACAAGAAUAGAUACAUGCAAAAAAAAAAACUGUAAUGUGAUGUGAACAUAGGAAUCGCUUUUAUAAAUUGUAACGAGCGAAGGUGCACUUCUCCAAGAAAUCGCAUUCGACUCGAUCGUUUCUCUUAACAAUAUUUAUGCUAUUGAUAACUAAAAAAAGCGUCUUAGCUAGAAUUAUAUUGGAAGCAAAACAGAAAACGAAAAAAAAACUUUUGUGAUUGUAAAUAAAUACGAAAGUUGACUCAAUUCUACGAAAAAAAAAAAACAUUUAAUAACUGUUUCAAACAUUAUUUCGAAAAUAAGCGACUUUAUUUUUUAUUUAAAAUUUAACAUGUGAAAUAAUUGCAAGAUUUUGUUUUAGAAUUACAAUUUAGAUAACGAAAAACAAUUUAAGUUUAUAGAAUCGAAUAGUACAUGCUACUAGUCUUCAAUCAAGAGCUAAAUAAAUAUUGAUCUACUGAAAUGAA